UUGGUUAUGUUAUUUUCUCUCAUUAACUUGAAAUCUAUCAUUUAAAUUAAAUUUUUUGUUGUUAAACAACUUUAAUAAUAACUUUUUUGUUAAAUUAUGGAAAAACUGAUAAAAUUAAAAACUCUCAAUUGUCAUAUUACGUGUAAAAUAUGUAGAGGGUACUUAGUGGAUGCUACUACAGUAACAGAAUGUUUACAUACGUUUUGCAAAAGUUGUCUUGUAAAACAUUUAGAAGAAAACAACAGUUGUCCUACUUGUCAAAUUGUUAUUCAUCAAUCACAUCCAUUGCAAUAUAUAAGUUUUGAUCGUACAAUGCAAGACAUUGUAUUUAAAUUAGUUCCGGGUCUUCAGUUAGAUGAAAUAAAGCGUGAAAGGGAAUUUUAUAGAAUCAGAGGUCUUCCAUAUCCUAAAGAAGUACCUGCUGGUACUGAAGUUGAUGAUGAUAAGACAGCACAAGAUCAAGCAGCAGCAGAUUCUGAUUAUCACAGAACAGAUGAACAGGUGAAUAUUGGAUUGGAAUGUGUUGCAUCACAUUUAAAGUCUUUAAAGAAAAAGUUCCUAAGAGUAUCAUCUCAAGCAACUAUAACACAUUUAAAAAAAUUUAUUGCAGUAAAAGUUUUAGAUGGAUCAGAUAAAUAUAGAGACAUUGAUAUUUUAUGUAAUGAUGAACUAUUGGGUAAAGAUCAUACUUUAAAAUUUGUUUAUGUAACAAGAUGGAGAUUUAGAGAACCUCCUUUAAAACUUCAGUAUAGGCCUAAAUUGGAUUUAUAAAUUUAUAUCAUACAUUAUUGUAUUCA